GGCCCCAGGCCCGCUGGGGAGUUCUGCGCAAGCGCGUUAGUCGUGCGACAACCGUCACUUACGGCCGAAACGGUUUGUGCGGGGAGUUGGCGGCGCGCUGCAGCUCUUAGGGACGGACGGCUCGGGCGCGGGACUGGUAUCCGGGGACUGUGACUCGCAGGGUCCGCCAUGGAGCCAGAGCAGAUGCUGGAGGGACAGACGCAGGUUGCAGAAAACCCUCACUCCGAGUACGGUCUCACAGAUAACGUCGAGAGGAUAGUAGAAAAUGAGAAGAUUAAUGCAGAAAAGUCAUCAAAACAGAAAGUGGAUCUACAGUCUUUGCCAACUCGUGCCUACCUGGAUCAGACAGUUGUGCCUAUCUUAUUACAGGGACUUGCUGUGCUUGCAAAGGAAAGACCACCAAAUCCCAUUGAAUUUCUAGCAUCAUAUCUUUUAAAAAACAAGGCACAGUUUGAAGAUCGAAACUGAUUGGGAAGAACAGAAAAAUUUGGUUUCUACUAUAGAUUUACAUGAUUAAGAGGCAGCUUUAAUUGCCAUGAUUUCCCCCCACCCCUUUUUGGAAGUAUAAGAACCUUCAGGACAACAACUUGUUCUUGGAGUUGCAGAAGAAAACAUAUUUCCCUUAUUUUGAUUUAAUCACCAUACUUAUAUUUAAAGAGUGUAUUAUGUGCAAUUUUUUCUCAGAUUGUCUUUAACUUUGUUUUUAAAAUGACCUUCAAAAUAAACUGUUAAAUGUCA